AUGGAGAAUUCAAAGAAACAAGCGGCCUAUAAUGACAAGAGCAAUGUCAUACGUAAGGCCUACUUAGUGGAGCCUAUUAUCAGACAUCGAAUCCAAGAUUCACUUUUUUACAAGCAAUAUUUGUACUUAACCAAUGAAGCCACCAUCUUGCCCAUAAUCACUAGCCAAGUCAAAUAUAUUGGAAGUACUAACGCCAAUGGAAAGCCAACUCCUUUCAUUUGCUGCUUUCUUCGCUUAUUGGAAUUGGAACCUUCUCGGGAAAUCAUUGAAAUGUGUUUGCAUCAAUUGGGUACUAAUGAAUUCAAAUAUUUAACAGCAUUGAUAAUGCUUUACAUUCGGGUCGUAUGGACAAAUGAAGACGUUUUCAACACCCUCGAUCCAUUCUACUCUGACUACAGAAAACUAAGAUUUCAAUUGAAAUCGCCUAUCAUGGCCAACGGCAUGCCCAUCCUUUACAGACUCUCAUACGUGGAUGAAUGGUGCGAUGACCUCCUCAACAAAGAGAGAGUGAUAGAUCUUAUCUUACCCCGGAUGGUCCCACGUCGUAUCUUGCAAGAAAGAGGAUUACUUGGCGAAAGAAACUACCAUGGGGUCGUCUCUGAAAAUGAAGACGAAUCCGAAAACGAAUCCGAUGAUUAUGAAAGCGACAGUGAUUAA